AUGUCUGCUAACGGAACUAACGAAAGUCCAAUGACUCUUAGUCAGAGCAUGGACUCAGUCAACACUGAAGAAGAGGUCCGUACCCUGUUCGUAUCUGGACUCCCGAUGGAUGCGAAACCGCGUGAACUAUACCUCUUAUUCCGAGCGUACAAAGGAUACGAGGGAUCUCUCUUGAAAGUCACCUCUAAAAACGGAAAAACCUCUUCGCCUGUUGGAUUCGUUACAUUUUCGACCAGGGCUGGUGCCGAAGCUGCUAAACAAGAACUGCAGCAAGGCGUGCGCUUCGAUCCCGACCUGCCGCAGACUAUUCGUCUUGAAUUCGCAAAAUCAAACACAAAAGUGUCGAAACCCAAACAAAGCAACCAGGGCGCUGUAGGCCUGCAACAAGUUUCGGCCGGAGCCGCUCAUCCAGCGACUCUACUGCACCCUCUCACAGGCCAGGAAAUUGGAGCUGCACUGUUACCAUCUGAGUGGCCACACCCGUUAUCGUACGCUGAGGUCCCGAUCACUUCGGGCCUGCACUCCGCGGCUCUUAUGCAUCCGGCUCUUCAUGCCCAGCUGCCGCCGCACCAUUUCUACUACCCGGCUAGCACGGCCCAGGCGAGUACUCAGCCGACUGCUUCUGUUUCACAGGCUCAGGCUACGAGCACCGCGACUAAUCUCAGCUCCAUGUCCGCCAAUCCCGGUAACAACUUCUGGCCAGGACAGCCCGAUUCGAGCAAGAUCAACUCUGCAUCCAGUCAACAACAGGCUGCACUACUAGCCGCUGCCGCUAUGGAAAACUAUCAGGCUCAGCUUGUGCGAUUCGCUUGCCUCCAGGCUCAGGCAGCCGCAGGAUCCAACCCUGGUGUAACCUCUCUCUCGCCGAACAUAACUUCGCUGUCCGGUGUGCAACAAGACGAUGUCCCGAAUAGAUUCGUUAGGUAA